GUACCGGAUUUGUCGAGAGAGAGAGUGGCAUUUCUUUCAAGAAUUCAGUAAAAGAUAUGGGGACAGAGGGUGACGAUGGACACGUGGCAGGAACACAUUUAAUCUCAGCCACAAGAACUCGCAGUGCUCACAACCAAAGAUCCUUUUCGCUCCUCCAACCUUCUCGACCUUUCUAUUGCUAUUUUAUUUUAUUACAAAAAAAAUUCAGUUUUAUAUUUGAGAUUUGUGUCGAAAAUCAGCAUAAUCCUACGUGGCCCUCCCUGUUCCUAUUUGGCUAUAUCUCCUCUCUGAUCUGUUUUCUCUCACUCCUUCAUUUAUACACCAUUGAGUCUAUAACUGUUCCUCUCUCUCUCUCUCUCUCUCUCGAUCUCUCGAGGAGUGAAGCUCAGGUCUUUGCCUUUCUCGAAUCACUUUUUUUGUUUUCCCAAUUCGUUUAAUUCUUGGAGCUAUGGCUGCCGAAGCUAAGGAUCAAACUGCAGGGUCUAGCCAGGAUGCUUCUGGAGUUGUUAGCUCUGAAUCCGCGGCUGCUCAAGCUGAUAGAAACAGCUAUGCACCUAAGGUGAGAAAACCCUAUACCAUCACCAAACAAAGAGAGAGGUGGACUGAGGAGGAACACCAGAGGUUUGUCGAAGCUCUGAAGCUAUAUGGUCGUGCUUGGCGCCAAAUAGAAGGUGAGUGUGGUAUAGGGUUGUUCCACGCCAUAAAAAGGUCUUCUUCAAACUCAAGUUUGUUCCAGUCUUCAUUGUCUUUUAAGUAUAAAGAUCUUUUUCUGAUGAGGUCUUGUCGUCAUUCAGAGCAUGUGGGCAACAAGACUGCCAUCCAAAUCCGGAGUCAUGCCCAAAAGUUCUUUGCCAAGGUCACUAGGGAUUCAUCUGUUGAUGCUGAGGGAUCAUCUAGUCCGAUUGCAAUCCCUCCUCCUCGGCCGAAAAAGAAACCCUUACAUCCUUAUCCUCGGAAAAAUGUUGAUCGAGCAGAAGUCACGGCCACACAUCAACAAGAAGGAGUGACUGAUGAUGUUUCUAUUGCUAAAGGAGAAAACUACUCUCCAACUUCAGUUUUUUCAGCAAUUGGCUCUGAUAACUUAGAAUCCUCAGUUGCUGAUGUGCACAAAUCUCGACUCUCGCCUGCUUCGUGUGCUACAGAUGAUUUUUCUGCUAACUUAUUCACAGACAACGACCAUGAAACAUCAAAUACAUCUUCCAAAGAGGAUCAUGGUUUUGGUUUACCAAUGAAAAUAUCUUCUGCUUCACUCCCCGAUAAUAAAUCCACCAUGAAGUUUGAACUGUUUCCGCAGGAGACAGAAUCUACUUUGGAUUCUGUAUACAGCGUUGAGCCUUGCACAAGCAUCAAACUCUUUGGAAAGACUGUCGUGGUAAGAGAUACUCCAAAACAAUCUUUAGAAGUCACGGAGAACUCUGAAUCAUCACAGCCUGGUCUUGUUAAUGAAGAGUCGGAGAGCAAUAGUGACAACGUUGUUAAGGGGUUUACUUCUAACAACCUAGAUUCAGAAGUUGCUUUUGGAUUUGUUUCAGGCAAUGCAGCUCCUGUGGCUAACGUAUACUGCCACGUGGAGAACAUGUUUGCUCUGCCUUGGUAUACUUGGUACCCUCGUCCUGUAUACCCAUAUGCGUUAUCUUGUGAGAGAACAGCUGCGCAGAAAGGCUUCAAAGAAGAACUAAAAGAUGAAGAGAACCAAAUGGAAGGUUCUUUGGUUGGUUCUAAUGGUGGAUCAACGGGUGGGUUGAAUGGUGAUAGUCGAAAUUGUGACGUUGUGGAGUCCAAGCAUCAGUCAAGUCCCAGGAAAGAAUCUGCAAAAGGUUUUGUUCCAUAUAAGCGGUGUUUGGCAGAAAGGGAUGAUGAAUCAUCCUUAUCUCUUCUGCAGGGGCGGCAGGGGCAAAGAGCACGCGUCUGCUCAUAGCAUUCCUUUGGUAUAAUCUUACCUCAUAACUCUUUAACCUGCAUCAGUCAGCAAGCCUUAUAUAUGCAGCUUCACUGCUCGGUUGAGAAACUGCAUUGCCGCUCGCCUUCGGUUUAUACGUCUACGACAGAUCUUUACUGCCACAUGUGAAGUUUCGAGCUUCUUUUUUGGUGCAGUUAUCAAGUCUAAACACAGAGACAAUGAUGCUGAGCAGAACAUGAUUCAAUCGUGUAUUUUCCUUUGAGAUAUGUUAUGUUUCGGAUUCUAUUGUUUUCGCAAGUUCUGUAUUCAAUUUUUGCUGCAAAUGCAGUUCUUUCUCUUUCAGACUCAUCUAUUUGUUGUUGGACAAUUUGUAAAAAAAAUUCAUCAAUAAAAGGGAUGGUUACUGAAGUCAUAAA